CACUUGCUGUAGGUGACAACGACUCGAUGACAUCUACGUCCCUCACGCUCGCUGCAGCACUGCUGCUUUCGAUAACCGUCCGCUCUGUCGUAGCCGCAACGAAGUGCGUCGACGAGGGAGUCGCGCAGCGCUGCAUUCCACCAUUCGAGAAUGCAGUGAAACUGCGAGACGUCGUGGCAAGCAACACAUGCGGCUCACCUCCACGCACUUACUGCUUGUUGACGGACACGCGGGCAGCGUGCGUCAUGUGCAACGCGUCGAGCCCGACGCUCAAUCACAACGAAGAAUAUCUAACAGACGAGAACGACAAUGACAACCCAACGUGGUGGCAGUCGGACACCUACACGAACUGGCCGGAUACACUCGAGGCCAACCUAACCAUUUCGCUCGGAAAGGGAUACGACGUGACGUUCGUGAAGAUAAAAUUCUAUUCUCCACGUCCGAGGACGUUUGCCAUUCAUCGGUCGUCAGACUUCGGGCGCACGUUCCAGCCGUGGCAGUUCUACGCGGCAUCAUGUAGCUACUACAAUACGACCAGGGUGGGUACAGACAAAGUGUAUGGCGACUCGGAGGCAAUCUGUACGGACGAGUUUAGCAACAUCGUACCUCUCAGUGGUGGAACGGUGACGUUUGCGACCGUGGAGAACCGAGAAUCGACCGACAAGUUUGAUUCGAGUGUCGAGCUGCAGGAUUGGGUGACGGCGACGGACGUGCGCGUGCAGCUGUCACAGCCGAAUACGUUUGGCGACGAGAUUUACAACGUGACGAGGACGUUGAGGUCGUAUUACUACGCCGUGCAGGAUCUCUCGAUCGGUGCUCGCUGCAAGUGCAACGGACACGCGUCGAGAUGCGUGGAGGACGAGACAACCGGCAUGUUGAAUUGCGAGUGUCAACACGGAACGACGGGCAGGGAUUGCGAGCGAUGUCUACCGUUUUUUCAAGGCCGGCCGUGGCGCCGCGCGACUGGAAACGACGUCAACGACUGUCUCCGCUGUGAUUGUAAUGGGCAUUCGAUGCGGUGUGUGUUGGAUGAGAGGCUGUACGAGAGGACGGCAGAUGGCGGCGUUUGCCUCAAUUGUGGUAACAACACCGAGGGACAGCACUGCGAGCGUUGCAUAGUGGGAUACUACCUGGGGAGAGACAAAACGAUUGACAUGCCGAACCCAUGCCAGGAGUGUAGGUGUAAUCCGAAUGGUGUGACGACGAGCGGGUGCAAUUCCAGAACGGGGCAGUGCCCUUGCAAACCGAACGUUGAGGGUCGAAAAUGCAACAGAUGCAAGCCAGAACAUUGGAAUCUCCAGGCCAGCAACAGUGAAGGGUGCAGCGCUUGUGAUUGUUUCUCUCCUGGAACGAUUGAUGGCGACCGGGAGUGUGACAAGUCGACUGGCCAAUGCAGAUGCAAGGACAAUGUGGUGGGAAGACGAUGUAAUCAAUGCAGGGAUGGUUUCUACGGCCUGGAUAACAGCAAUCCUGUCGGUUGUACCCCAUGCAAUUGUUACCCAGCAGGCUCGCAGGAUACAACAUGCAAUAAAGACACCGGUGCGUGCACUUGCUGGCCGAACGUUUUUCGAAGAGAUUGCUCUGAGCCUCGAGACGGAUACUUCUUUCCAAGACUUGAUUUUCUCACCUACGAAGCCGAGGACGGCACUGGAAGCUUUGUGUUUGAUACAUCAGUUGACGGCCACGAAGUCGUCUAUACCGGUCGUGGUGUGGCCAUCAUCGUCGAGGGCAAUUCAAUAAUUUUUCCGAUCGUGGUUGCUCCUCUUAAUGCCCGCUACAAUGUCUACAUUCGGUAUACUCUCGAUGGAUUCGUGAAUUGGGGCAACUUGGAUGUUACUAUUAGUCCCGGACGUCUUGUUGGUACUGCCCCAAUUUGCAGGGAUGAAGUUUCUAGUCGUAUGACUCAAUCUGUGACUGAGAUAUCACCCGGUGUGGCCGUCUCACGGAAGCUCGAUGAUGCUCUUUGUCUUCGCGGCGGUCGAAGCUACACGAUAGAGUUGACGGCCGGUUCGCCAUCGUCAGACGAUGCGCUUCGACGUCUUCUAGUAGACAGAAAAUUGAUUAUUGACUCGAUCGUACUAAUUCCUAUCCCUGAAGAGUUGGUUCAGUUUGAAUCCGAUGUGGUGGACAUAGUUAGCAACUGCGAACGAGUGCGAUCGGCUGUGAGUACUCGAACGGGGAACUUCCGUCAGUGCGAGGCAUUUGAGGCCGAAGUGACUACGAUGUUGAAUGACGGAGUGACAGCGUGUGAUUGCGAUUUGACGGGCUCGCAGGAUAACGUGUGUGAGAAGCACGGCGGGCAGUGUAGUUGUAAAGUAGGAUUUGGAGGUCGACGGUGCGACCGAUGCAUUCCUGGCCACUAUGAGUUACUGUCCGAGUGCAAACCAUGUAGCUGUGAUGUGACCGGCUCGGUGAGUGGCGUUUGUGAUCUUACAACAGGACAAUGUCCUUGUCUACCGGGAGUCGCAAACAUGUCUAAUUUACCUGGAGAGGCCGGUCGACGCUGCACUCAGUGUCUCCCGCGGCUUUUCGGGUUCAGCAGCGGAGAGGGUUGCGAGGAGUGUCGAUGUAAUUUAUUCGGUUCGACUUCGGUUCUGUGUAGCGACGACGGGAAAUGUGAUUGCCGAAGGGACGUGACUGGAGCGACAUGCGAUCAGUGCAUACCCGAUCACCAUCGUCUUACUAUCACUGGUUGUGUCUCGUGUGAAUGCGACCCGGCAGGUUCUGAGAACUUAGACUGCGACACGGAUGGCAUAUGCUCAUGUAAGAACAACACGAGGGGCACCUUGUGCAUCGAUUGUGAAGAUUACGCUUUUAAUAAAAACGAAGAUAAUCCGUAUGGAUGCCAAAAAUGUUUUUGCUUUGGCCACUCGGUUGGUUGCGACUCGGCUAGCGGGUUCGUAAUGAACGAAAUAAGUUCGGACUUUGAUUCUGAUGACGACGGCUGGAGUUCCGUGGAUAGCAGAGGCGAUGAUUGGACAUUAGAUUACAGGAAGGGAAAGAAGGCAGUUCGUGUUAUUAGUGACGGCGCGAACGAUGUCUUCUUUGUUGCUCCGGAGAAAUUCUUAGGCGACCUACGGAAGUCGUACAUGAUGAAGAUGUCAUUCCAGCUUCGGUUUACAACCGACGAGCCGUCAAGUCAAGCUCAAGGGCAAGAUGUGUUUAUCGAGUCGAGCAGAGGGACGGUAUUCGCCUCCCUGGACAAACUACCGACAAACAAUAUGCAAACUUUUGAGAUUCGUCUAGAUGAGUUUGCAUUUCAACCUGUCACGAGGUCGUUACUGAAGUUGAACAUGAUCGAUGUGCUCAGCUCGGUUUCAAGUAUCCGGGUUCGAGCGUCGUACGUACCGGGAGACAAGAGCACGAUUUUAUUGUACAAUUUUAAGCUAGAAACUGCAGUAGAGGGAGACAACGGGACGUUCGUUCGAUCAGUGGAACAGUGUGUUUGUCCACCGAGUCACACCAGUUUGUCUUGCGAGCUGUGUGCAUCCGGAUACAAGCGCGAGCGACCGGGUUUAGGACCAAGAUCGAAUUGUGUACCUUGCGAGUGCAACAAUCACUCAAACACGUGUGAUUCGGAUACGGGUGUCUGCUCCGAAUGCAAGGAGAACACGCAAGGCAACCGAUGUCAACUGUGUGCUGUAGGUUAUUACGGCGAUGCAACGCGUGGAUCACCGAGCGAUUGCCGACGAUGUCCGUGUCCUUACGCGACCGAUCCGGGACGAUUUGGUGCAGCAUGUGAGGUGACGUUGACGGGCGAUAUCGUGUGUUCGGAUUGCCUUCCCGGACACACAGGAUCACGAUGCGAAGUGUGCAUGGACGGUUAUUUCGGCGAUCCGCUUGGUCGGCACGGCAAUGUGUCCGGCUGCUCGGACUGUCGAUGCAACGGAAACAUCGAUUUGGACGAUACGGGUAACUGCAAUCGUUCGACCGGCGAAUGCCUGAAGUGCACACGAAACACGGCGGGCAGAUUCUGCCAGAUGUGUAAACCGGGAUACUUCGGCGACGCAAUAACAGCAAAGAAUUGUAUCGCGUGUAGCUGCAAUCGGUGGGGCACCGAGCCGGGCGAUCUAUGCGAUCACAGAACGGGUGUCUGUAACUGUAAACGAAACGUCGAAGGAGACGAUUGCGGUCGAUGCAUACGCGAUCAUUACGGUCUCCAGAGCGGGAACGGUUGCACUUCGUGCGACUGUGAUCCUGUCGGUAGUAACAGUUCUCAGUGCGACAGCAACGGACAGUGUCGUUGCAAAGUCGGCGUCGAAGGCGAGAAGUGUGACGUCUGUAGCGUCGGAUAUUAUCGUCUGAGUGAGACGGGAUGUAGUGCGUGUGGUUGCGAUCCGAGAGGCUCGGCAGAUCUACAGUGUAACAACGUGACGGGCGUGUGUAUGUGUAAGGCGGGAGUGAUGGGAGAAAAGUGCGACCAAUGUAUGUUGGGUACACACGAUUUGGAUCGCGGAUGUGUCGAAUGCCCCGAAUGCUUUCGUCAGGUGAAAGCAGUUUACGAUAGACUCAUUGCUAAAAUGAAGGAACUCGAGGUGCUACUUCGGGAUGUGCCGACAGGAGGUCGAGUUUCGAGUGAGGAUUUUGAUAAGGCUUUGCAGCAGACACGUGAAGACAUCAGUCGGUUACUGAACGAUACGAAGGAUGCCAAAUCUCGUGAUGAGUUUCUUAUCGGAGAGGUGGAUAGACUCGAUGAGCUUAUCAGGCAGUUUGGUGAGCAUCUCUCUCGGAUUAACAUUACUCUGAUUGCUGGCGAAUCUUCGGGAAAUGUUGCGAGGAAUACGGUGAUCAACUCUGAAUCGGUGGUCAUUGAAAUCGUGGAGCUUAUUAAUAACAUUCGUGACCGGAUUAAGAACGGUGCUCAAAGAGCUCUUGAUGAUGCUAAUGCUGCUGCCGAGAGCGGUCGAGGGCAACAGAGACAGUUGCAACGUAUUCUUGCAGAUGCUAAGAGAACGGCAGACGGUCAGGAGAUGAGCGCGACCGAGAUUGAGAUGGAUGCGAGUGAUGCGUUGAUAAUUGCGAGGAAUGCCAACCAGAUAGCGAAGGAUGCCGUAGAAUUGCAAAAGAAAGCGAUUACGGUUGUCGAGAAACUUGUUGAUGAUAUCAGCAAUGCGUCGAUGCUGGCCAAUCAAGCCGAGCAGGCAGUGAACGAUGCUACUCGUGAAUCUAAGGAAGUGUUGGACAAAUCGAAACGAGUUCUCGAACUUGCCAAGAUGCCUCUGUCGUCUAUUGACUCGGAAGGUCUUGUGCAACGCGCUUCUGAUGCUCUUGGCAAUGCAAGUCAGUUGGUAGCCGAUGCAAUGAAACUACUACAAGAUAACAUUGGCAUCAUUCGGUUCGUUCGCGGUGCGAAAGCUGAUGUGGAUAAGUUGCUAGAGGAAGGCAAGAAAUCCCAGCAGCUUGCGGCGCAGCUUUUAGCAAUUGUGAAUGCGGCGAAGUACCGAGCGGAGAAUGCAUCGAAUAGGGGGAGAUUGUUGUUGAGCGAAGCGGAGAUGCUGAAGGAAAAGGUGGAGGACAUCACGGAGACGUUAGAGAAAACGAAGAGAGACAUUCUUCGUGCUUUGGAUGCCAUCAAGAAAGCAGUGGCGAAGAAGAUCAAGACACGGGAGCUAUCCAAGAGUGCUCAAGCUACGUUGGAUGCAGCGAGAAGUAACGCAAGCGAAGCACUACGUGUCGGUAAACUUGCUGAAGAUCUGGCUCAGAAAGCGGCAACUGAUUCGAUGGCUCAAAAGGAAAGGUCAGAGCAGGCACUCAGAGAUGCAGAAAGCGUGCUAGCCACGUUUUUGAAGCUAGAAGAGGAUGCUAAUGCGACAUACAAUAGCUGGAAGAGUCUCGACGAGGAAGUAUCCAGACAGACUGGAAGGAUCGCCGCUGUCGCUAUGACGGCCAAUCUUUCACAGACCAUCGCUACCCGAGCCGGCAAGGAGGCGACGUCGUUACAGCGAAGGCUGGGAGAUAUGGACAGGCUACUGAAAGCGAAUGGAACUCUCGAUACAUCGACGCUCGACUGGAUCGAACAACAGUUGGCCGGGAUUGAGACGUCACUCAACGAAUUCCAAGUGAGUGAGGUGAUAAAGGAAUUCGAAGCCAGAGAUACCGAGCAGAGGAGACAGAUAGCGGAUUAUGAUAUCAGACUGGAUGUGUUGGAAGGCGAAGUACUGCGACUGCAACGUAUCAAUGCGUCGAUUCCUGGGCCUCCGACUUGCUUUGCAAGGAGAGAUUGUGGUACUGAUUGUCGUUGAUAUAGGCUGCCGGUUGGACGAUUUAGCAGACUGAUCGAUGGUUUCAUAUUUGGUGGUGGAUGACAGGAGAUGCUAGUGUUACUAAUAUUUAGAUAUAACUGGUAGGAUUUUGGUCUGGAAACUUGUUGAUUUGAUGUACGUACCAACACUAUUGUAAUGCAAGACUUUCAAAAACUCUAAAAAUGGUAAUUACUUUCCACAAAA